CUCAGUUCAGUUGUUGUCGAAUUGUAUUGCCGGCCGGUCGUAAUUUAAGACUGAUGUCUUACUACAAAAUAUUAUAAUCGUACAAACAGAAACAACCUACAAGAGACAUUGACCUCUCGCGACACUCACAUAUAAGAUGUUAUACAUUUUUUGAAUUGAAAACACGCUACAACCAACAUCUAUAAAAAAUUCAAUGUGAAUAAUCCAUCAGAUGCAUGAAUCGCUUACGUACAGUUCAAGUCGAAUGACAGCUACCUACGGUCUACAAUACUUCCACAGUAUAGUUUAGUUGGUGCCGCGAAAGUGUUGUGUUGUGAAAAGUCGUUCGGUUGGUGGGGCUGCUUGUAACAGCCACUGUAGACAAACAACCACAAUUUCAAAAAGGAAAAACUGUUAAAUUAUUUAUUCACAAUGGACAAAGAGACCAACCAACCUCCAGAAAGUCGCUUUCAACGAUGGAAAGGAAAUUUCCUCUCGCCUUGGUACCGAGACAUAUCCGUCGAGCCAACAAUGUUUUUAUAUAUGUUUGCCUUUUUAUUCACCUCUGUGGUAGAACAAGACUUUUUUGUUCGAAAAUCAUGUUUAGUUAAUAACAAUUAUAGUUUAGAAAUUUGUAAUAAUUUAGAUAAAUUUCCUGAAAUCAAAAAAGAAGUACAGAUAACAACAUCAAAAUUUCAUCAAUGGGAAAAUAUCUCAGCGCACAUAUUUCCAAUAGUAUUAGCUUUAUUUUUAGGAUCAUGGUCAGAUAAAAGGGGCCGUAAAUUCCCAUUGCUUAUGGGCUUGUGCGGCAAAUUCAUUUAUUCGAUAAUGAUGGUUGUGAAUGCAAGGCAAAAAUCUUGGCCAGUGGAAUAUGUAAUUUUCACUGCUACUCUUCCAUGUGCACUCACAGGAGCUGAUGUUGCGAUAUUUGCCUCCUGCUUUGCUUAUAUUUCAGAUGUUUCAUCUCUGAAAAAUAGAACAAUGCGAGUCACAAUUCUUGAUAUCUGUUAUUUGAGUGCCAUGCCAACUGGAGUGGCAUUUGGUUCUUAUAUGUUUAAUAAUGUCCUUAAUAAGUCCCAUGCAUCAAUGUUUGCCAUAAAUGCAUCAAUAAUGUUCGUUGGCAUCGUCUACAGCAUAAUCUUCCUUAAGUGGCAAACAACUUCAAAGCAAAGAUCUCUACGAGAAAUAACCUUCUGUGGAUUCUUUCCCGACUUCUUUGACAUUCAACACUUGCAGGACUCAUUUGGUGUGUUAGCGAAGAAACGUCCAGGAAAUCGAAGAUCCUUUCUCAUAAUUCUACUGAUCUCAAUGGCUCUUUACACAUUCCAAAGGGAUGAGAAGCCCUACUUGUAUCUCUAUGCUCAAUUGAAAUUCCAGUGGGACGUUAAGAUCUACAGCAACUUUAAGACUUUCCAAUCAACAGCUUAUGUGAUCGCAGCAUUGAUAGCAAUUCCUCUUCUAAACAAGGUCUUUGGAUGGAGGGACACUGCAAUUGUCUUCAUUGGAGUUUGGGCCCAUGCAAUAGCUCGAUUAUUCUACUACUUUGCCGAUACACCCACAUUUUUCUACACCGGAGCUGUUAUUUGCAGUUUGGGACCGAUCGUUGGCCCAAUGAUCAGAUCGAUCACUUCUAAGAUCGUCCCACAAUCCGAAAGAGGGAAAGUUUUCGCUCUUCUGUCAGUUUGUGAUAAUGCAGUACCUUUCAUUAGUGGAGUUUGUUAUUCGCAAAUCUAUCGAUCUACGAUCGGUAAAAGAUCAGCAGUAUUUUUGUUAACUAUCGCUACACAAAUUGCGGUGUUUUUCUUAAUUUUAGGGAUUCAUUUGAAAGUUGGAAAUAAUGAACUCGCUGUUGUUGCUGCCGAUGACAAAGAAAAUGGUCUGAUUACUGACGAUAAGAAAUCGCCAGAAAUAAUCGAGUCACAAGCCAAUAAGAGUUCCAAUAGCAUAGAAAGCAGUAACAAUAUAAGCUAGCAAUAGCUCAACAAAACAAACAUUAGAAUAAGUUUUUUUAAAAGUA